CCAGGCUCUAUAAUCUGAACGAAAAUAAGCUCAGCAAAAUUAGCUCUACACAGACUUGAGCUUAGAUUGUGCCAGCAAGGAUCCAACAUCUCUCGCUCCUUGCGGCUUUUCAGGAGCUCCAAGUAUCUUUGAAUCUUUUCCGCAUCCAGAUCCUCGAACAUGGCUGGGGGCUUAUCCGCGGAGGAUAUUUCUCUUCACGACUUCCAGGAGGCUCUUGGCAGAUAUUCAAAACAUGUCAGGGACGACGAGUUAAAAGAGCUUGAUACAUUCAGGUUUGAGACAAUGCCAAAACUUAUUGAGGAGCGACGGCAGAAGCGAGCAGACUUGGGCUCUGAAGAGCCGAUUUUGUUGAUCACAAAGGAAGAACUGGUCAAGCUCGUUGUUUGGAAAUUGAAGCAUGGUACUUUCCGGCCAAAGCUGAAGCAGCUUGUAGAGUCGAAUGAUGAAUCAGAGGUCCAUAAGCUCAUGCAAAACUUGAGUGUCCACAAAGGUCAAACCAAAGAGAAGCUGCAGCUGCUCACGCAACUCAAGGGCAUCGGUCCUGCAACUGCCUCCCUAGUUCUGUCAUGCACAUGGCCCACGCAAUAUCCAUUCUUCUCAGAUGAGCUGUUUAGAUGGAUACAUUGGAAUGGUCAACAUGCCGACGGAACGGCCACAGGUAUCAAAAACGGCAAAGGUUGGUCCAGGCCAAUUGGUUAUACUUUGAAGGAGUACGAGAGCUUGGUUUUAAGAAGCAUGGAUAUACAAAGAAGACUCAGUCAAGACCAGGAAUUGAAUUUUCUGGACUUGGAAAAGGUUGCCUAUGUUCUUGGUAAAGAAAGAGCAGAAGUCGAACUUCCAAUGGAAGAUAUGUCUUCAAGUCAACGCAAGCGCAGCGUCGAAGAAGCCAUGGGCUCUCAAGUUGGCAACAGUGCAAAACGGAGUAGACCGAACAUGAUAGAGUCCGCAGAGUCAACUUCUCGCAGAUCUCGGACACGCAAAAAGCUGUAGCGCAUACUGCAUUUUUGAGUAUGCUUUCGGUGCCGGUCACUCGUGCAUUAAAAGUCUAUGCAUUUACAUUAUUGGAGAAAGAUGCAAAGCCUACCUUUAAGCGAAUAUCACAAUAUUCAUAGGCAGUCUGCGUGGAAUGCAGAACAGGAUAGAGAGCAGUACAAAUCUGCUGUGUCGGAUAUCUUCAGUUACUUAUGCUUCAAGGUGAUUUUCUAACACUAUGCUCAACCCUGAUCUGUGGAGCCUUUCUACGGUGUUCCAGCGAGAACUGAGCUUAAGAACCACUCUACUUUCGGUGCUCGUUCCGAGAAGGGUAAAAAUAUUAAUAUCCACCUGGUAUCGCUUUGAAAAGAUCGGGGUAGAGGGUCAGCACUGUCUCAAGCAGCUUAUUCUCACCUCCUUAGAUGGCGCAUGUAUAAUGCCC